CACUGAAAGGACAUAAACAACAACAAACUAACGAGCUCAGAGAUGAUCAUCACACGGCCAAUUAGGGUUGGAUGUAGUGGCAUAGCACGCUUAGUGAGUGCAAAGAGGCUCCACUCGCACCUGACAUCCUCUUCCAGCGACGAGCUGUCCCAUUUCAACGAGCUGGCCAAGACAUGGUGGGACGUGUCAGGGCCUCAGAGGAUCCUACACAAGAUGAACCUGUUACGUAUGGACUUUAUCCAAGAGAUGCUUCGCUCGUACGUCCCCAUUCCGCCGGAGACGGACAUCUACGUUCCUGGGUACUCGCUGGACCUGCUCCCUAGCGAGAUCUCUCAACAGAUUGUCCAUGAACAGGAGACGUAUAGAGACGAACAGCUGAAGCAAGCGAACCUUAGAGCUCUCGACAUUGGAUGUGGUGGCGGCAUCUUGACCGAGUCACUCGCGAGAUUGAACUACAUCAAGUCAGUUGUGGGUGUUGAUCUCAGUCCUGGUGUGCUGGAGGCUGCGUCUUUCCACAAGUUGUUAGACCCAAUCACCGAGCGCAAGAUUACAUACGAGCUCAAGCCAGUGGACCAGGUCCAGGAAAAGUACGAUGUUGUUACUAUGAUGGAGAUGCUAGAGCACGUUGAUUACCCGGCAGAAGUGCUGAUACAGGCACUUGACAAGGUUGAAGUUGGCGGAUGGUUAUUCCUCAGCACUAUCAACAGGGAUUUGAUUUCCUAUUUUACAACGAUUCUCGUUGCUGAACACCUGAUUGGGAUCGUCCCAAAGGGGACACAUUCGUUUGAUAAGUACAUCAACUCUAAGGAGCUCGUUGAUUGGAUUGGUAAGCGUCCGGGCUUUGAAGUUGUAUCUGUAAGAGGGUGCAUGUACGUCCCCUUCAAAGGCUGGGUAUUCUGUGGUGACGGAACCACAGGCAACUACUUAGCAGCUGUCAGAAGACUUUCCUGAGUUCACAAUGGAGAUAUCUCAUGUACAUAAGAAUACUACCAUACCAUCGUCAUUACUAUAGAUUGGUGAAACAAUACACAGUGCCCUUCUUUCUUCAAACAGCAGCCUCUUUGGCCUUUUCUUCACCAACAGGUUCGUCAAUGAACUUGGGCACUUCACUGAGAUAACUUGGGGUCUCAUUCUCGCCGAUGUCGUUGGCUUCAUCCUCCAUGUCUAUAGCCAAUGCAUCGAGCUCUGCGUCCAACUCAGAAUCGCUAAUCGCAUC